CUAACAGCCAAGAUGGCGGAGUACUUUGAUGAAGUUGUUCUCGAUACAGAAGACUUAGAAAAGCUCUUUCAGGCGGCGACAGAAUUUGUCAGAACUAUGCGUAAUUUGAGCGACGAGAAAAAGCUUGCUUUCUAUGCUUUAUACAAACAAGCAAAAGAAGGACCAUGCAAUACGUCAAGACCAGGAUUUUGGGACAUUGUUGGAAGGGCAAAGUGGGACUCAUGGAAAAAGCUUGGAGAGAUGUCCAAGCAAAAAGCCCUAGAACUUUAUAUCCAGAAACUGUUUGAAACAGACCCAGAAUGGGAGGCAAAAUAUGCCGUCACUGAUGACUUGACUGUAAAGGAAAGUGAAAAACCUGCUCAUAAGCAGACAAUGGGCCUUGCUGUCAGCACUCUGCGAGGAGAUGAUGAUGAUGAUGAUAUUAUAAGUGAUACUAACAAGUCAGUGUUUGAUUGGUGCAAGGAGGGAAAUGCAAAAAAGAUGGAUGCUCUGCUCACAAGAGAAAACAUUAACAGCAAGGACGAACAGGGGCUGACACUACUUCACUGGGCCUGUGACCGAGGUCAUGAAAAUGUAGUGACGCACCUAAUAAAAAACAAGGCUGGAGUAAACACACAGGAUGCUGAUGGUCAAACACCAUUACACUAUGCUGCCACCUGUGACUUUCUGUCAAUAGUAAAAGAGCUAUUACAGUCUGGAGCAGAUUGUUCAAUUGCUGACAAUGACGGCUUUCGACCAGCUGAUGUUGCAGACAGUUCAGCAAUAAAAGAAUUACUUAAUACAUGAAACCAGGAAUCAUGAGGCUGUAAGUGUGUAUGAAGCUUCAAAAGCUGAAAAUCAAUGUAUUUAUUCAUGCCUUGCAAAGAAUUAUUUUAUCCAUUUCACAAUUCAGGAUUAUUUUUACAACAACAUUAUUACAUGUACAUAAGAUCAGAAAUGGCUAUUUGAAGAUCGCUACCAAGUGAAAGGACAAGCACAUGAAAUCCUAAAAAGUUAUCAAACUUGCUUUGGCAUUCAAUUCUUAUCACAAUAUUUAUAUUGAAGACUUCUGUAAAAACAGACAACAGAUUGAAGUGUUGAUUAUUUUAUGAACAACCUCAGUAAAUUAGAAAAAAACGCAAAGUAAAAAUCAAUUGUCUA